UACGAAUUCUAUAAAAUUUCUCCAUAAUUCAGAAUACUCUGAAAAAUGGUUUGCAGGGCAUAUGUAGCUUUUGGAAACCAAAACUAGAGAAUACCCACCGCAAUUAAGUAAAAACGAAAGUGAGGAUAAGAGGUGAAGAUUGAAGAUGAAUAUCAAGAUGAAAAUUAAUAAUGAAGAUGAAGACAAUGAUAACAAUAAGCGACACUGUUACGUCCUUAUCGCGUAUCCAACAGGUCGUUGUAGUGGUACUAGUGUAAAAAAGUAAGUAGAAUUGACCCUUAAAACUCUGCAAACCUUUGUAUGUGCAGAUAUGUACAUAGCGUAUCACUUUAACCGAGAUAUCCUUGCAUACCUUAUAUGCAAAUAUAUCGCUCGAUUGAUUUGCUCAAGCUUGUUGCUGUUAUUGAUGUCGUCACGUUAUUUUUUUUAUUUUUUUUUUUUGAAUAACCCACUUAACCAUAAGCGUCAAGUGAAUCGUGUUCGCAACUGUGAUUCAUUGUAUAUACUUAUAUACAUAUGUAUAUGUAUUGAUGCAUGAAUGCAUGUGUGUCAUUUCGAAAAAGGUAUUGCCAAUUCGCUUUUAAACGAAUUUUACUAAUCCAUUACUUUUCCAUACUUUAUAUUACUAACAAAUUAUCUUAGGGUGAAGUACCAUAUCUAAAGGAUCAUUGGUGUCAAUUCGAUGCGUCAAUGGUAUUUUUUCUCUGGAUAUCGAUUAUAUUACAAAUAUUCGAAGUUUUAGAAAUUGUACCCAAAUUUUCUUACAUCUCCAUUUUACGCGCACCACGCCCCUUAAUUAUGAUACGAUUCCUGCGAGUCUUCCUGAAAUUUUCGAUGCCAAAGAGUCGUAUUAAUCAAAUAUUUAAACGCUCGAGUCAACAGAUCUACAACGUAACAUUGUUCUUCCUGUUCUUUAUGUCGUUAUACGGCUUAUUGGGGGUACAAUUCUUCGGAGAAUUAAAAAAUCAUUGUGUGAUGAAUAAUUCGGAGUACGAUUACUUGGGAAGGCCCAUUUUGACGAUCAAUUCGUUGGCCAUACCCGAUACGUUCUGCUCCAUGGAUCCCGAUUCUGGAUAUCAAUGCUCUCCUGGAAUGAUGUGCAUGAAAAUGGACUUUCUAAGCAGCUACGUGAUUGGCUUCAAUGGGUUUGAAGACUUUGCUACGAGCAUUUUUACUGUCUACCAAGCGGCAUCGCAAGAGGGCUGGGUCUUCAUUAUGUAUCGUGCGAUCGAUUCGCUGCCUGCCUGGCGUGCUGCCUUCUACUUUAGCACAAUGAUCUUCUUUCUCGCUUGGCUGGUGAAGAAUGUUUUCAUUGCUGUCAUCACAGAGACUUUCAACGAGAUACGCGUGCAGUUCCAGCAGAUGUGGGGUGCGCGUGGUCACAUACAAAAGACGGCUGCAUCGCAAAUACUCAGCGGCAAUGAUUCCGGUUGGCGUUUGGUUACGAUAGAUGAUAAUAAACAUGGCGGCCUGGCGCCUGAAACUUGUCACGCCAUUUUACGUUCGCCCUACUUUCGUAUGUUGGUAAUGUCAGUGAUCUUGGCUAACGGCAUAGUUAUGGCCACAAUGACUUUCAAACAUGAUGGUCGCCCAAGGAAUGUGUUUUAUGAGAAAUAUUACUAUAUCGAAAUGGCGUUUACGUUCUUCUUGGACUUGGAGACGCUGUUCAAGAUCUACUGCUUGGGUUGGCGUGGUUACUACAAACAUUCAAUACAUAAAUUUGAAUUGCUGCUGGCUGUGGGCACUACCAUCCACAUUGUGCCGAUGUUUUACCUCUCUGGAUUCACCUACUUCCAGGUCCUACGCGUUGUCCGUUUGAUCAAAGCGUCGCCGAUGCUCGAAGGCUUCGUUUAUAAAAUUUUCGGCCCCGGCAAGAAACUCGGCUCACUGAUCAUAUUCACUAUGUGCUUGCUGAUCAUUAGCUCCAGCAUUUCCAUGCAACUUUUCUGCUUUCUUUGUGACUUUACGAAAUUCGAAUCAUUCCCGGAAGCGUUUAUGUCUAUGUUCCAGAUUCUCACGCAAGAAGCUUGGGUUGAGGUUAUGGAUGAAACUAUGAUACGCACAAGUAAAACACUGACACCCCUAGUGGCCGUCUACUUCAUACUCUAUCACUUGUUCGUCACAUUGAUCGUGCUGAGUUUGUUCGUGGCGGUUAUUUUGGAUAAUUUGGAAUUGGAUGAGGAUAUUAAGAAAUUGAAGCAACUUAAAUUUCGCGAGCAAAGCGCUGAGAUCAAGGAAACUCUACCAUUUCGUUUGCGCAUUUUCGAAAAGUUUCCAGAUUCGCCACAAAUGACUAUACUCCAUAGAAUACCAAACGAUUUCACGUUGCCCAAAGUGCGUGAGUCCUUCAUGAAACAUUUCGUAAUCGAGUUAGAAACAGAUGAUCCUUCGAUUGUCGAGAAUUGUAAGCGACCUAUGUCGGAAUGUUGGGAGUCCAAUGUGGUAUUUCGUAAGCAGAAGCCUGUACGAAUAAUGAACAAAACGCCAAAGGUGCGUUCGGCCGGCAGCAGUUUGCGGAAGUUAGCUAUCACUCAUAUAAUCAAUCGACUUUCCAGUGAUUCGAAUAAUCAGCGUUUAAUGCUUGGAGACUCCGCUAUGCUGCCUGUCGUAGGCGGCAAAGGGGGUUUAAAGUCUCAAGGCACCAUAACACAUUCGAAACCAUGGCGUGUAGAUCAAAAGAAAUUUGGUUCACGUUCUAUACGCCGGAGCGUACGUUCCGGUUCGAUUAAAUUGAAACAGACUUAUGAACAUUUAAUGGAGAAUGGCGACAUCGCAGCAGCGCCACGCGCCAAUUCGGGGCGUGCACGUCCACACGAUCUGGAUAUAAAGCUGUUGCAAGCGAAGCGUCAACAGGCCGAGAUGAGACGCAAUCAACGCGAGGAGGACUUGCGCGAGAAUCAUCCCUUCUUCGAUACACCGCUCUUCCUAGUGCCGCGUGAGAGUCGUUUCCGUAAGAUUUGCCAGAAGAUCGUGCAUGGCCGCUACGACGCGCGGCUCAAAGAUCCACUGACGGGCAAGGAACGCAAAGUGCAGUACAAAAGCAUGCAUAACUUUCUCGGUCUUGUCACUUACUUGGAUUGGGUAAUGAUCUUCGUAACGACACUCUCCUGUAUUUCGAUGAUGUUUGAAACGCCCAGCUACCGGGUUAUGGAUCAUCCGACUCUACAAAUAGCUGAAUAUGGGUUCGUUAUUUUUAUGAGUCUGGAGCUGGCACUUAAAAUACUCGCCGAUGGCCUCUUCUUCACGCCAAAAGCCUAUAUAAAGGAUGUCGCCGCUGUGUUGGAUGUCUUCAUAUAUGUUUGCCAAACCCAAAAAUAA